AUGGCACGGCAAUGGAUUCUUAACAGUCAGGAGGGAUUCGAGACCUCACUCAAAUACCAGGAGAAUGUCAGCAUCCCAUCCACAGACGAGCUCGGCUUGCACGACGUCUUGGUCAAAAUACAGGCAGCUAGCUUGAACUAUCGCGAGAUAGUGAUCGCAGGACCCGGGGGCGUGAACGGGCCCAUUACACCUCCGAUUGUCCCUGGCUGCGACGGAGCCGGAAUCGUCGAGGCGGUGGGCUCAUCAGUCCGGGACUUCCGACCAGGCGACCGAGUUGUCACGUAUUUCGCGCCGAAGCUUGUUGAAUCCAGCGGUGAUGAUGCACAAUCGAGCAUAGCAGACGUCUCUGCCAUGCUGGGCCAGGGAACCGACGGGACAUUACGUUCCCGGGCUGUCUUUUCCGAGGCAGCGCUCGUGCAGGCGCCCAAGACCCUGGGACCACUGCCAGCGUCCACACUGACGUGCACCUGGCUGACGGCAUGGAACAUACUCUUCGGGCUCAGAGGUCAGGAAGCCGGACCAGGCACCUGGAUUCUCGUCCAGGGAACGGGCGGCGUGAGCGUAGCCACGCUGCAGCUCGCGGCGGCCGCUGGCAUUACCGUUGUCGCGACCACGUCGACGGAAGAUAAAGGGAACCGCCUUCGGUCACUCGGGGCCGCACAUACGGUAAACUAUCGCGAGAAUUCGGACUGGGGAAAAGAGGCACGGGGUUUGACGCCUGGUGGGAGAGGAUUCGAUAUAGUAGUCGAUAUUGGCGGCGACCAAACUCUUCCACAGUCUUUGGCAGCCGUGCGAGUAGACGGGCUCGUCGCGGUCAUAGGACAAGUAGCAGAGGUCGGCGCGCCAGUCCCGCUCUUCGCUGCAUUACUGCACACUUGCAUUGUCCGAGGGCUGCUUGGAGGAAGUCGAGCCCAGCUUCGCGAACUUGUGCGUUACAUCGACGAGAAGGGCAUCGAGCCGGUCGUGGAUGAUGUGGUAUUUGAGCUGGCAGAGGCCAAGGAUGCCUAUAGGCGAUUGAAAGAGAAGAAGCAUUUUGCUAAGGUCAUGAUCCGCAUCGAUCAUCCGGAUAACUAA